CCGCGCCCCGCCCGGGCAGCUCCGCCCCCCGGCAGCCCAGCGCGCGGGCGCCAGCUCCCGGCAUGCAGCGCAGGGGCCGCGCGCCUGCCCGACCCGCCAUGGCGGCGUUGCUCGGCGGACUGCGGGGGCUGCUGGUGGCGGUAGGACCAGCAGCGGGUCCUUCCAGGCCUUGGGCGUCGCUGGCACCUCCGGGCACACGGCUGUUCAGGCAGAGCUGCCACCGGCUAGUGGGGCCACAGGCCAGCCCGGAGCCUGGCCGUAGCAGGCUCCCCGAGGGGGUGGAGUACAUCCCCACACGCAAGGCCAAGAACCCAAUGAAGCCAGUGGGGGUGGCCUGGUACAGCCUGUAUGCCCGCACACGGCUGGGCUACCUCUUCUACCAGCGGCAGGUGAAGAAGGCCCGGGAGCGGUACCCACAUGGCCACUCUGUGCCCCAGCCCUGCCGCUUCCCUGGGUUGAAAAUCCUGCCCAUUCCCGUGCUCUCCAACAACUACAGCUACCUGGUCAUUGACACUGGCUCUGGCCGGGCGGCCGUCGUCGACCCCUCAGACCCGCUGGCUGUGCAGGCUGCCAUUGAAGAAGAGGGGGUGAUGCUGGAGGCCAUAUUCUGCACCCACAAACACUGGGACCACAGUGGGGGUAAUGCAGCACUCUGCCAGCAGCAUGGAUCCUGCAAGGUAUAUGGCAGCGCCCUCGAUGCCAUCCCAGAGCUCACCAACCCACUUGCAGACCGGGAGAAGGUGAGCGUGGGCUGCCUGACCUUCGAGGCGCUCACCACGCCUGGCCACACUGUGGGCCAUAUGGUGUACGUGCUGGAUGGCGGGCCCUUCGGCGGCCCCCCCUGCCUCUUCUCUGGGGACCUCCUCUUCCUUGCUGGCUGUGGCAGGCUGUUUGAGGGCUCCCCUGAGACCAUGCUGGCCUCCCUGGACGUGGCUGUGGGCUUGGGUGACGACACACUGCUGUGGCCGGGCCAUGAGUACGCGCUGGAGUGCCUGACCUUCGCCAGCCUCCUGGAGCUGGACAACCCCGCGCUGGAGCAGAAGCUGCGGUGGGCAAUGCAGCAGCGUCAGGAGAAGAGGAGCACGUGCCCCUCCACGCUGGGGGAGGAGCAGACCUACAACCCCUUCCUGCGGACCCACCGGCCGGAGCUGCAGGCGGCGCUGGGGCUGCGGCAGGGCAGGGGGGAGCACCCCGACGCCUUCCGUGCCCGUGUCCUCAAGGAGGUGCGGCAGCGCAAGGACCUCUACAAAGCCACCUAGACCCACCCCCCCAUCUUUCCAUGGGGCCGGGUGCUGCUUGGACACAGGGGGGCUGAAGACUGUGUGGUUUGAUUUGCUGUAUAUCUCCCUCCUGGGGUGCUGAGCUGGGGAGGGAGUGGAGUGCACACCCCCACCCCAUGGGCACCCACCUCCGUGGGCACCCCAUAAGUGAUCCCUGCCUUUGCUCCCCCAGACUUGGGGGUCACCAGCUACCACGUGGAAGCACCUCGAUGCCCCUUCUGGGUGUCUGUAGCCCCCCACCCCACUGCUGGGACUGUAGGGAUGGCACCAAGGGCUUUUCCUGACCCACUCAGCCCCGUUUUUCUAGGAGCCUCCAAUUCACACAGACACUGCUUCCCCCCAGCCAGCACUCAGGGAGCCCCCCCCUUCCCCUGCCAGCCCCCAGUGCCGUGCAUCUCCUUUGGGGGCAGGGGCUGGGAUGGAGCCAGCAAGGGGAGGGGGGGGCAGCACUACCUCCAGGCAAGGGGCUCUUCUCCAGCACCCCAUGCUUGGUGCCGGAGCCCCCCCUGCACACACACACGCACAAGAGAAAUGGGGCCAUGGGGGCACGCUGGUGAGGUGCUGCUGUACUGGGGACUGGAUACCCACCCAACACCCCCACCCCACCCCCAAUAAAAGACUGGAUCGGA